UUUAGUUUUCGCCCCAUAACAGAAGGCACGAAGCCAUUACGUCACAUUUAUGAACAACAGUUAACAAGUACAGUUGCACGAAUUGUUGUAAAACAACAACAAUUAACCAAAAUUUAACAACAUUGUCAUUAUUCCCAAAUUCCAGUCGACCCUGAACUUGUCACUAACCGCUUCGUUACCGAGAUGAUAGCGUUCUCGUAAUAUAUAAACCUGAACAAACCAAAGCACUUCCCAAUUUCUUCGAAAUCAUCGCAAUGAAGAAGUUGUUCAUUUUUCUCGUCACCGUUUUUGUAACAGCUGCCGAUGAUGCAGCAGUGCAAAAGUUUACAACCGCUAACAAUUUGUUUGCUCGUAGCGUCUACAAGGAAAUUGCUCAAGGCAAACAAGGCAACUUCUUGGUGAGCCCUUUCUCGGCUGAAACAGUUUUGGCAUUUGCCCAGUCCGGCUGUAAAGACGAAAGCGCUGAAGAAAUUCGCAAGGCUUUGCACCUCCCGAACGACAAAGACAAGGUGGAAUCGGCCUUCAAAACCUUGCUUCCAAAAUUCAAGAGCAACGACUUGUACUCACUCCACACAGCGAACAAGAUGUACGUCAAAAACAAAUUUGCGAUCAAAGACGAGUUCAAAACGUCCGCAAAUCUGGUGUAUCAAGCUGAGUCGGAAUCCGUCGAUUUCACUAAAAGUGUAGAAGCUGCGAAAAGUAUGAACGACUGGGUUGAGAAACAUACCAAUAACAAAAUCAAGGAUUUGAUAGAGUCCAAGGACUUAGACGAAGACACGAGAGUGGUGUUGAUAAAUGCUCUUUAUUUUCAAGCGAACUGGUCGACUCCGUUCCCCUUGUCACUCACAGGGAAGAGAAAUUUUUACAAAACCUCGACUGAUAGUGAGGAAGUUGAUAUGUUACAACACUUUGAUAAAUAUUUCAAGUACUACGAGUGCCCACAUUUAAAAGCCCAGUUUUUGGAGUUGCCAUUUAAAGGUGAUGAAGCAUCGAUGGUGAUAGUUCUUCCAAACGAAAAAGACGGUCUUGCGUCGCUUGAAAACCAACUGGAUCAAGUGUUUUCGCCACAGCAUGAGUUGAAAAAGACGUUUCUUAAUGUGGUGUUACCGAAAUUUAGAAUUGAAACCUUUAUCAAUUUCGUUCCAAUUUUACAAAAGCUGGGAGUUAACCAAGUUUUCGAUCCCAAGAAGGCUGAUCUUAGUGGUCUCGCUGGUAACAAAGGAGACUUAGUGUUUGAUAAAGUUGCCCAAAAGACCUUUAUUGACGUAAGCGAGGAGGGGGUAGAGGCAGCUGCAGCUACCUUUGUUCUUAUAGCUGUACCGGUAAGCGCUCCUCUGCACAGUCCGAAGAACUUCAUCGCCGAUCAUCCAUUUAUCUUCUAUAUUAAAGUCAAGGACAUUAUCGUCUUUGCCGGUAGAGUUACCGAUCCUUCAAAAGCUUGUCGGGAAAGUUCGACAGUUCGUGAUUGUUUGUUGCCAAAGCAACUCGUACUUGUUAGAGGUCAGACACCACUAAGAACCAAUUUUCGUUUAAAAACGAUGACACCUAUAAUAAUUUUUGCACUAAGUUUAACAUUAACCACCGCUCAAAAUCCAGUACUAGAUUUCACCAACGCAAACAACUUAUUUGCACAAGACGUCUACAAAAAACUUUCCCAAAGUCAAAAUGGCAACUUUCUGGUGAGUCCUUUUUCCGCAGAAACGAUCUUAGCCUUGACACUCAGUGGCUCCAAAGGGGAAACCGCUAACGAACUGCGCAAAGCUCUACAUCUACCAGAGAACAAAAGCCGAGUAGAAAACGACAUUAAAACACUGCUUCCACAAUUCAAAAGUAACAACUUCUACACCCUAGAGUCCGCCAAUAAAGUCUACCUUAAGAAAAAUUUUCAUCCACAUAACGAGUUCAAAAAUUCCGGGGACCUAAUCUAUGGAGCUGAAACCGAAUCCAUCGACUUUUUCCCAAACACGGUUCAAGCAGCAAAAUCUAUAAACAACUGGGUUGAAAAACACACCAGCAACAAAAUCAAAAAUUUGGUAGACGCAAACGAUUUCGACGAAUUCACGAGGGCGGUUUUGGUAAACGCGCUAUAUUUCAAAGCAAACUGGUCGAACCCGUUUUUGCUGGCAGCCACAAGCAAGCAAAAAUUUUACAAAAAGGAGAACCAAGUGGUUGAAGUGGACACUUUACGCCACUUCGAACAAUACUUCAACUACUACGAAUGUCCACAUUUAAAGGCUCGUUUUUUGGAGUUACCGUUCAAAGGAGAUGAAGCGACCAUGGUGGUGGUGCUGCCCAACGCGAAAGACGGUCUUGGGGCUCUGGAGACCCAACUGGAUCAGGUUUUCGCGCCGCAGCAUCAACUCCAGAGGGAGUUUCUGGAUGUGGGUUUGCCCAAAUUCAAGGUUGAAAGUUCGGUUGAUUUCAAGGAAAUAUUGGAAGGGCUGGGUGUGAAGAAACUUUUUGAAGAAAAGGUGGCGGAUCUUAGUGGGGUGGCUGGUGAACCGGGAGAUUUGUUUGUUAAGAAAGUGGCCCAAAAGAGUUUUGUUGAGGUUAGUGAGGAGGGGGUAGAGGCGGCCGCUGCUACGUACGUCCUUGUGGCUGUUCCCGAAAUGGCGCAUUUCGAACGUCCUAAGCAAUUUAUCGCGGACCAUCCGUUUAUUUUUUAUAUUAAAAUUAAAGAUGUUAUUAUUUUUGCUGGGAGGGUGACCGAUCCAUCCAAGCAAUAAAUGUUCAAUCUAUCGGUUUCAAAUUGUUCAAAGAGUAAAGUAAAGAUAAAAAAUU